UCGUCUUUUAUGCAGGAUCCUCAUUUGAGAGCAGAAACUGAGAACAUGGCAUCCAGUGAGUUGUCUAUAGGAGUGAUCUUCUUGUCUCUGACUAUGAUUGGACUACUGGGGAAUUUCUUGCUUCUCCACCACUAUCUGUUUGUUUACCUAAGUAGGUACAGACUAAAGUCUACAGACUGGGUUCUGAUGCACUUGAUUGUAGCCAGCAUCUUAACCAUCCUGUGUAAAGGAGUGCCACACACAAUGGCUGCUUUUGGACUGAAGGACUUCCUCGAUGAUAUUGGAUGCAAAUUGUUUUUCUCUUUUCACAGAUUAGGCCGGGGUUUGUGUAUUGGCUGCACCUCCUUCCUUAGUGUCUUCCAGGCCAUCAUCAUCAGCCCCAGGGACUCCUGGUAUUCAGAGCUGAAAAUAAAAACACACAAGUAUAGCUGUUAUGUUCUCUACAUGAACUGGGCCAUUUAUUUCCUUAUAAGCAGUAUGAAUCUUGUGCAUAUGAGGGCAAUAUAUGGAAAUGAAAGCACAGCAAACCUGAAGUCAUUUUUAUACUGCUAUGCUGUCCGUCAUGACCAAACCAGUGACAUCUUUUACGCAGCAUUGCUGACAGCUCCUGACAUUCUUCUUCUGGGACUCAUGCUAUGGGCCAGUGGCUACAUGGUUCUCACCCUCUACAGGCACAAGCAAAGGAUGCAACACAUGCCCAAGAACAAUUUCUCUUCCAGAUCCUCCCCUGAAUCCAAAGCUACUAAAACCAUCCUUCUCCUGGUCAGUACCUUUGUCUCCUUUUACACAAUCUCUUCGCUUUGUCAGCUCUUUGUGACUAUUAUAUAUAAUCCCAGCUGUUCUCUGGUGCGUGUGACUGCAAUGGCUUCUCUGUUUUUCCCCACUGUUUGUCCUUUUGUCCUCAUGAGCCGUGACUCUCGGGUAUCCAGCUUUUUCCUGUGUUUGAAAAUGAGUAAACAUUUCCAUAAAGAAUGUAAUCAAUAACUGAGUUGAUAGUU